AGGUUAUCAGAAGAACUCCAUCCUUCGUGUGACACUUCCUCCCCCGUGAACAUCACCGCAUGAGAUUUUAUGCACCAAUUAUGCAGUUGUCAGAAUGAAACCCGAUUACUGCUAAAUACAGUGACCAAUUGUUCAAAUACAUGUCCUUUGUCAGAAAUUCUGUAUAACAUUUAUAGCCAGAGAUUAUUACUUUUAUCAUCUGAUGUGGAAUUGAACCCAGGACCAACGGCCGAAACUCAACAAAGUUUGGAUGCUAUUUCGUCGUCUAACAUGAUAAUAUCACCACAUAUCGAACAAGUAAAACAUGAAAUACUUGCUGUUCGUGCGGAUAUGGCAGAAGUUAAAAACGAAGUAGCAUAUAUAAAAUCCAAAGUUUCUGGUGUUGAAUUAGAACAGCGAAAUAUGAAAUGUAAAUUACAAGAAAUUGACUCUCAGAUGGAUACAUUGACAUAUAAAAGUGAAAUUGUUGAUGGUGACGUAAGAGAACUAGCAAUAAAUUUUGAGAUGAAACUUGAGCAGAUUGAUGACAUACAGAGACAGAUGCACUAUCUUGACAAGGAAAAUCGUAAGAAUAAUCUGAGAGUUUUUGGACUUAACGAAUCUGACGAUGAAACACCGGAAUCCUCGAAAACCAAAAUUGAAAAUGAACUUUUGAAAGUUGCCUAUCCAGAUGACGAUAAUAUGUUUUCCUCGAUCCUAUACGCAAGAAGUCUUGGCAGCUUUGACGGUGACCAACCAAGAAUGGUAUUGAUUAAAUUUGCAACUUUUGACAUUAAAUUUAAACUUUUUUCAGUGAGAAAUAAAUUGCGAGCAAAUGAAAUAAGAAUCUCAAAUGACUUGACUAAUUACGAAAGGGGAAAACUAAAUGAGUUAAAAAGGCAAGGGAAAAAAGGUUAUUUCUUAAAUGGAAAAUUAAAUAUUUUGCCUGAAAGACAAGAACACACUGAAAUUAAAACCAGGGUAUACCGUAAAGCGGGUAGAAGGGUUGAGAGAAACAGUAAUACUGUUGAGCUCGACGUUAGCACAGAAAAUGUUAUGGAAAACGUUUCAAGCGAAAAUGUAACAACCUAUGUUCCACCACCAGAUGUUGAAUAGGACAUCGGCCGAAGUCCAACACAUGUAUAUAGUAACAUAAACAUAGUAUGUUGGAAUAUUAAUGGUUUAAGUGAAAAAUUACAUGACUCAAAUUUUAUUGAAUAUUUAAAAACAUUUGACAUAAUAUGUUUAAUCGAAACUUGGAUUUCUGAUUUUGAAAUCGUUCAAAAUUUAUUAUCAGACUACAGCUGCUUUUUUUGUUCUGCUAAACCUUCAAAGAAGGGUGGAAGGAAUAUGGGUGGUGUGUUGGUAUACACGAAAACAAUGAUAGCUAAACAUGGGUCUCGAAUACUUUAUGAUUGUGACUUUGGUAUUGUUUUUCGUUUUGAAAGGUCUUUCCUUUCAUUAUCACGUGAUGUGAUAUUUGUAUGUAUUUAUUUGCCACCAGAACAUUCUCCAUACUAUGUUGAUAAAUCAAUGAUGGGUAUACAGGGUCUUGAAAACCUAUUAGUUGAAAAUCAUGACAUAUUUAAUAAUUGUGAAAUAUUAAUUUCUGGCGAUUUAAAUGCACGCAUAGGGGAUCUUAAAGACACUGUUCCCGUUGAACAAAAUAUCCCUGAAAUGAACGAAUACCUUGAUAUUCUAGAUGACAAUAUGGUUUUACCUAGAAAAUGCUGUGAUUGUAAAAUAAAUAGAUAUGGCAGAGAAUUAAUUUCCCUUUGUAAAGCUUAUUCACUAUACAUAUUGAAUGGUAGGUUUAACCCUGGUAGUGGAGAUUAUACCUACAUUUGUAAUACUGGGUGUAGUACUGUUGACUAUUUUAUAGGUACGCGUGAACUGAUUGAUAAAGUUAUUCAUAUGACAAUCGAUUCGAAAUCGGAUAGCGACCACUUGCCUAUUUGUAUGUCUAUAUCGGUAGAUAACGUACAGGACAAUGUUGAUAGUAACGAGGUUAACCAGGCAAUAAAUAAUAAAUUUGCCAUUAACAACGAAAACCGUGAUACAUUUAAAACUGUGUUGUUUGACUAUAUAAGCAGUGGAUUAGUUGAUACAACUGAUCUGCAAAUAGAUGAUAAUGAAUCAGAUGUUAAUGAAAUUGUAAUUGGUUUUGAAAAAUCUUUAUAUAUGUGUAGUGAUCGUUUUAAAAUACCUACACGUAAGCAUACAAUUUCUUCCAAAAAAAAAAGUGGUUUGACAACGAAUGUUAUAAUCUUAAGCGUAAAAGCAAUAAAUUAUUGAGAAAGUUUCGUCUAUCCAGGACUGUUGCUGAUUUGACUACGUAUUCUGACAGUAAAAAACAAUAUAAGCUUGCAUGUAGAUUGAAAAAGGAAGAUUAUAGAAAAAGUUGUCUUAAGAAAUUAGAAUCAUCGGUAAGAGACUCAAAAUUAUUUUGGAGAAAUCUUAAAUUUAAUAUUAAGGUUGAUAAGCCUGUUCCAAAUAUUUCGUCAGAGGAAUGGUUUCAGCAUUUUAAUCGGGUAUUCGGUACUGAAAAUGAGGAUGAUGAACUGCCUAUUCAAGAUCAAGAUUUUAAUUUAGAUGAGGUAGAACAAAUUUUAUUUAACAAUGACAUUACUGAUGAAGAGAUCUUAGCAGCAGUAAAAGAUAUUAAUCCAAGAAAAGUUUCAUCAGGGAAUCUCAUAGCGGAACAUUUUAUCUAUGGGGUGGAUGCGUUAUUACCUUUUAUUAGAAAGUUUUUUAACAGAUUAUAUCCAUCCGGUGAGUCAAAAUUUGUUAUUGUGCCUUUACAUAAAAAGGGAAAUAUAAAUGACCCGGAUAAUUAUAGAGGUAUUGCCCUGAUAGAAGUAUUCAGUAAAUUGUAUAUUAGUAUUUUAACAAAACGAGUAACUUUCUAUGUAAAUGCUUUUCAUAAAAUUACGGAGUCCCAGGCAGGUUUCCGCGCGGGAUACUCAACAGUAGAUAAUGGUUUUGUGUUGUACUCGUUGGUAAACAAAUAUUUGUCUAAGAAAGGUAGAAAACUUUAUGUAGCAUUUGUAGAUUUUAAAAAAGCGUUCGAUUCCGUAAAUAGGUCAAAGUUAUUCUUUGCACUGCGCCAAAGUGGUAUAAAGGGGAAUCUUUUAAAAUCUAUUAUGAGUAUUUAUACAACUAUUAAAGCUUGUGUUAGGAACGGCACAUAUUUUACAAGUACAUUUGAUUGUCCAAUUGGUUUACGACAGGGGUGUAAGCUCAGUCCUAUAUUAAUUUCAAUCUUUAUCAAUGAAUUAGAUAAUUAUAUAAAAUGGCUGAGUAUGUGGCAUUUAAGGCUAAAAAGGUAUUAAUAUCCCUGUUGAAUAGUAUGUACCUAUGACUUAAAAAACGUUUUUUAAAAUAUUUGAUACUAAAAUAAGUCCAGUUUUGCUGUAUAGGGCUGAAAUCUGGGGUAUGGAAAAAAUGGAAUGCAUUGAACGGGUACAUAUAUAUGCGUGCAAAAGGUUUAUGUGUGCGCCUUUAAAUUCAUGCAAUGCUGUAAUUGUUGGUGAUUGCGCCAGAUAUCCAAUGUAUAUUAACACUUACAAACGUUGUAUAAAGUUUUGGAUUAGAAUUUUGAAGAUGCCAAGUGAUAGAUAUGUAAAAAAAUGUUAUAUUAUGCUUAAAUGUUUUGAUAAUCUAGAUUACAAAAAUUGGGUUACGUCUGUUAGAUUAAAUCUCUAUAGAAAUGGAUUUGGUUAUAUUAGGGAAAGCCAAAUUGUGGACAAUCCAAAGUUAUUUAUGAUGCAAUAUGGAAAUAGAUUAAUGGACCAGUACCUACAAAUAUGGCAAACAGAGUGUUUUGAAAAUAGAAAGCUGACUCUAUACAGGGGUUUCAAACCUGUUUUUAAAUUCGAACCUUAUUUAGAUUGUAUAGAUGUCUUAAAAUUCCGAAAAAGUAUUGUAUCCUUACGAGCAUCGUCUCACAAAUUAAUGAUUGAAAAAGGCAGACAUAUUGGUUUAGCCAAAGAAUUACGUUUUUGUAUACAUUGUAAUGGAGUUGUAGAAGAUGAAUAUCACUUUACGAUGAAGUGUCCACUGUACGAUGGUAUUCGCAAAAGAUAUAUUCCGCCAAAAUAUUACGAUAUCCCAAGCCUUAAUAAUUUUUUUCUGUUGAUGUCAUGUAGGAAUGAAAAUACAAUGAAGAAUUUGGCUGCAUUUAUCUAUCAUGCUUUUGAAUUAAGAAAAGAAAUUAUAAUCUAGUUACCUUUUGAAAUGUACAUUGAAAAAGUUUGCUAAAUUAACUUUUGAUAUUUUUAUGUAGAUUAACAUGAAAUUGAUGCGUAAUUAUAUUGUAAUUGUUACUGUACAUGUUACAUGACUAGUGUUAAAAUAUGCUAUUGCUAUGUACAUACUGUGUCAUGAUGAUGUAUAUGAUGUAAGCUAUUGAUAUGUAUAUAUGUUAUGUGUAUGGACCGGAGGCCUUAAUGCAAAAUAAAUAAACUAUAAACUAUAAACUAUAUUACUUAAAGGCACUAGCUACAGUUUUUCCGGCCCGGUCGAUAUUUACCCCAACACCGUGCCAAUUUGGUUGUGUUUCUAAUCGAUGUAGCUCACUGCAGACUUGGUGCGGUCUUCUUCGCAUGCCCGGAAGUGAUUAUCUAGGUAGCAGUUGGUAGUUUCCAGCCACAGAUUCGAAUUGGCCAGGUCAAAAUCUGUCAUUAGAGAUAAAACCUUGAAGUGAAGGCUGUUUUGAUGUUUGAAAUAUUUGUUGAUGUGAGUUUGUGAUUAACAAGUUUAAGAAUGGUAUGUUGCAGAAAUUCUGGCAGAUGCGAAUGUAAGCUUGAUGGCAUCAUUUUCAUAUAACUGCUUGAAAUGCGUAUAUACCACUAUCAGCAUUGAGCGUCUCGUGAGCUGUCAAAUGUCAUAUAGGCCUCACACAGUUGAAAAUAAUGAAAAAAGUAAUCGGUUGACAGGUAUUUUUGUCCAGCUCUGCAAGUAAUACUUGAAACUGAGUACAGAAUGCAGUGGCCAUUUGGCUCUAUCAUUUCCCCUAACAUUUUAAGGCCAGUUGGAGAUAUGGCUAAUUUGGGCUGAAAUGUCAUGCAUUUUCGCGGACUGAAAUUAUCUUUCAGGUGGCUUAUGGAUUUAAAAAUCUAUGCUUUGUAUGAAGUUUACUAUGUAUUUUAUUUCUUCUUCAAGUAAGAUGUAAACAGGUUUCUUUUUAUUUUCAGGUCUGCAUCUCGUAAGAUAUCAGAAGCCGUCUGACUGGGCCACAUCGCUCGGAAGUCCGAAAUACUAGAAAAAACCGGCAUCUGCUACCUUAAGACGUUUGUCAAUUUUUGUCUGCAUCUCGUAAGAUAUCAGAAGCCGUCUGACUGGGCCACAUCGCUCGGAAGUCCGGAAUACUAGAAAAAACGGGCAUCUGCUACCCUAGUGUCGCAUACGGCAAAAAUUCGCAAAUUAUUGUAUGUUCACAUGCAUUUAAUGUACAAAAUGUAUAAUAUACUGACUAAAGGUUAGGGUCCUACUCAACUGGUAAUACAAAAUGGCUUCAAGUUACGAUACGCUCGUUUACGGUUUUGGUCGAGGGAACACACUAGAUGGAAAACGUAAUAUGGAAUGGGAAUCUGGUUAUGCGCCAAAUAAACCACUGUCUGAUUUUCAAAAUAAAAGUUUCUAUGACACAGUAGCUGAACUGACUAACAUCAUUAAACAGAUCCUGAACGAUUUAGAACGCGAAAGAGGGCCAGUAGAUGAGUUUGUGAUCGGUAAAACAUUUGCUAGAAAGAAGAAAAGACAGGCUUUUGACCCAACAAACUUCAAAACAUGGAAACUAGAUGGUGGUGUAAAUGGACGAUGGAAUUCUAAAUACAAACCUGAAGGAUUCGACGGGCUUGUAGUCCUCUGUGCUUUCACAAAAGAAUCACUUCCCAGAAAAGAAAAUGAAGAGAUUGAAGAUGACGAAGAGGAUGGAAAUGAUAAAGGCGAUAAAGAUGAUAAAGGGGAUAAAGAUGAUAAAGGGGAUGAAGAUGAUAAAGGGGAUAAAGAUGAUAAAGGGGAUGAAGAUGAUAAAGGGGAUAAAGAUGAUAUAGGGGAUAUAGAUGAUAAAGGGGAU